UGACCUGGGGGCCACGGACGAGAUGCUGGCCUUCAAGGACGAGGGCGAGCAGGAGGAGAAGAUCCCGGAGCACGCCUUCACCGAGCGCGACCUGGCCGACCUCAAGUCCUCGCUGGUGAACGAGUCGGAGGGCGGCGGGCAGGCGGCCGGGGCCGAGGCGAUCCGGCGCGCGCAGGAUCCGCAGAGGGUUUAUCAGGACAAGCUCCCGGAGCCCAUGGAAGAUGGUAUCAAGCAUCAGGACACAGGGAUGUACAAAGGAUCUGCUUAUUCUAGCUACCCUUUUCUAAUGCUCCCAGACCCAUACCUGCCAAAUGGAUCUAUGUCACCUUUGUCUAACAAAGUUCCUGUGGUACAGCCGUCCCAUGGCGUCCAUCCGCUCACCCCACUCAUUCCAUACAGCAACGAGCAUUUCAGCCACGGCUCCCACUCACCACACUUGCCAGCUGAUAUCAACCAGAAACAAGGUGUACACCGUCCGUCCCAAACCUCAGAGAUCCCUGGCUUCUACUCCCUCCCUCCUGGUGGGGUUGGACAGAUUACACCUUCCAUGGGCUGGUUUACACACCCUCUGAUGCUGAGCUCUGGAAUGCACACCACCGGCAUCCCUCAUCCAGCCAUAGUGCCCCACUCUGGAAAACAGGAAAUGGAGCAUUAUGACCGGAACAUGAAACCCCAACCAGAACCAAAGAGAGAGAAGGAAGCCAAGAAGCCAACUAUCAAGAAGCCCCUGAAUGCUUUCAUGUUGUAUAUGAAAGAGAUGCGGGCAAAAGUCAUUGCCGAGUGCACCCUGAAAGAAAGUGCAGCUAUCAACCAGAUUUUAGGAAGGAGGUGGCAUGCACUGUCACGGGAGGAGCAGGCCAAGUACUAUGAACUGGCUCGGAAGGAACGGCAACUUCACAUGCAGCUCUACCCAGGCUGGUCCGCAAGAGAUAACUAUUCUUCAGGCUCUUCAGCCCAUGAACACACACAGGUUUGCUCAGGGCCUCUGGAAUUCUGCAGCACUUCAGGGCCUGUUUCAGCAGCAAGGGGAAAAAAGAAAAGACGGACAAGAGAAAAGCAGCAAGACUCCAGCUCAGAUCCCGCCUCUCCUAAGAAAUGCAGAGCUCGCUUUGGCCUCAACCAACAAACGGACUGGUGCGGCCCGUGCAGGAGGAAAAAGAAGUGCAUUCGGUACCUACAAGGAGAAGGACGCUGUGCCAGCCCAGUUUCUUCCGAUGGAAGUGCUAUAGACUCCCCUCCCUCUCCUCUGGAUGCCCUCCAGUGCAUAUCUUCUGCUUUUACUUCAGACAAGCUUGCUACUACCCCUGCUGAUUUCACCCAGAGAGAACAAACCAACCCCUUCCCUAUCUCUGUUCACAUCAAAACUGCUACCCCCUCACCCAGACUGACCUCAAGGUGCUCAUCUAUGCCUCAUACGUCAGUAGCAUCCAGUGAAUCCUCAGAGUACAGCCUGGCCUCAACAGGAACAUAGUAUCACGCUCCAAGUUAAACACUUACUAAUGCAUUGGGCACUUUGCUUUCACCACAUGGUUUUGCUGCCCAUUGAAAUAGACUGGAGGCCCAUCCAAACAAUUCAUCAUGCCAUUAGACUGCCUUUUCAAAGUCAAGGGACAACAGUAUCCCAUGCCUCCAAAUAAUCAAGGAUGCUGCAAUGUUCAGUGUUUCGCUCAGUAAAAAGGUAGGAAUACUCACCAAGAUUAAAAGCACCAAUCAGCAAAUGAACCUUUUCUCCCCACCCUGAGCUUCAUUUUUACUGCAUCAUCUACUAAUGUAGCAGAAAGCAAAAUCUAAUUCCCUAGCUUGCUGCAGUAGAUGGUAUGUGCUAUUUACCUUAAGCACUGGUUUCCUUUUCAUGCUGCCCAAACUGCUUUGAAUUGUAGUCAGUCACAAAUCUCUUGUAGCUAUCAUAUCAGGCAGCUGGAAAAGCUGGAACAGGAGCAUUUUUUUUCCUUAAAGUCCACCUUUCUGAGAUUAAAUGUAGCGAAGCUAGGUUUUAAUACAAUUGGCUUAUAAGAAAAGGUGGAUUAUUUAAAAGAAUGAAGUGAAUAUUAUUGUUAAACUUUUUGUCUGAGAACAGGAAUCGUUGUUUACAGGUAACAGCUGUCGGUGCCAGCAUGUCAAGUUCCAUUAGCAUGUGGAAUGGUAGAUGAAGGGCGAGAGAGGAUGCACCAGGUAGUCCAGGAAGCUUGAACUGGCCGCUUCAAGAUCCAACUGUGGGGUGUUCUUUUGUUCUGAAAUACUAUAGCAGUGCAUCAGUCAAGUGUAGCUUUCUCAUUGCUGCCCAGGUUGUUCAUUAUAAACAAAGUUUCUAAAAUAGAGCUUGAAAACACUCAAACAUGCCACCUCUUUGCAACGAAAGCCCUGCUAUUGUUAAUCAAAAUAUGCAGCAGGGUGCAUGAGGACAUUAAAAUACCAGUGCAAGUGCAUGCACAGAUACCAAGUCAGACACACAGCAUGACAUUUGCAUUGAGAGGCGAUUCACAAGGCACCCAUGUGUUUGUCACAAGCAAGAGGUGGGGCUAGAAAGUAGACAUAUGCUUCAUUCAACAAUGCUCUUCAUGCUCAUGAAACUUAGCUCCACACUUCAUUUGCCUCUCCCUCCUAGCAGGUAGGGGGACAUAAAGAGUGGCAGCAGUCUCACUGAUGCAGGGCCUGGAUCUCCUAUAUUCUCCAGCAGCCACUGCUCUGCAUCUUAGACACCACUCUUCACCUUAUCCAGUCUAAAAGCAAACCCCAAAAGCAGGUUUGAUGAGCUGGUGCACAGCUUUUAGCAUGCACUGUACAUUUUAUUAAAAAUUUCUAAUGUCUACUCACCUUCCCAACUGUCAAGUGUCAAUACAUUCUCAAGAACAUCUAAGGUUUUCUGCUAUUUUAUUUAUAAUUUUAAGCUUGACAAAUGGAAAAAAAAAACCAUAGCAACCCUGCUAUAGCAAUAUAAAUGCAUUCCUUGGAGUUCCUCUAGGCCUACACUGUGCUCAUUGAGAUCAAAAUCAAGCCUCCUAUUUUGAAAACAUCCUAGACUGAUGAGGAGAGGAGCAACAACACAUUAAGGCAUCUAUUUUUUCUAGAAAAGACUAUACAAAUUAAUGAAGUAUUAAUAUUAUUACAGUAUUGCAAGAAAUUUAAAAAGGACCUUUUUAACUACAAAAUAUUUUUGUAUCUUUUUCAUAAGGCACCACCACAAAAAUCUACUGUUCUUACAUUGCAAACUUGUUUUCAAUAGCUUUCUGUAUCGAAGGCUGAAAGUUACAAUGGUGUGUUGUGUAGAGCAGCAGUUAUUGGGAUUUUCCCCAUUUUAGUCCCUUUCACCUGAAGUUCCUUUAGAACAAUGGUGCUCAAUCUUUCCAUCCAGUGGGCCAGAUGAGCAAUGCCCAGUUCCUCCAUGGCUGGGUGAAGAGAGAGGGAGAAAGAGGGAGUGCAGUCCAAUGCUGUGGAGGAAGAGGGGAGGGGGUCAUGGCCCAGUCCCAAACCUGGCCAAGUAGAGAGAGGGAAGAAGGCAUGGCUCAGACUGGCAGGGGGCAGAGGUGGCCUGAUCCCAACCCAGAUGGACAGAGGGAGGGGAGGGAUGUGGCCCAGCUCCAACCCACUGCACAGGGCUUAGGAUUUCAGUAGUAGAAACUGACACCGCGCCCUUGCUGUCAACUUUUCCCCCCCUUCAGAAACCCUCAAGACCAGAUCUGGCACACAGGCCAGAGGCUGAGCACCCCUGCUGUAAAAUGAUGGGGGGAGGGAUGGUCAGGAAUUAUCCAUGCAAACUUUUGCUAGAAGAUGUAAAGCUACUGCUGUAUUCCUUUUGUUGUGUACAGACCAUAAUCCCAGAAGCAUGCACACAUUUGAAAGAGUUUAUGUAACCAUCAGACCAUUAGCAUAAUCUGCAUUGAAAGCCAAACAUACUUUAAACACCUGUGCUAAUCCCAGUCAGAAGGAUUAAUUCUGCAGCAUUUGAUCAAUAUUCGGUUUGCUAGCAAUGAUUGCCAGGCAGUUCAGGAGACAGCACAGUAUAGUGGUUAAAGCAAGGGACUAGGAAAGGUUUAUCCCCAGCUCUCUAGUUGACUCUGAACUCAGUCAGGUUUCCCCAGUGUAAGGUGAAAGUAUCUUUCCUGUUUGACAUCAAGUGCUGGAGAAGGUCAAGCUACAUUACUACUGUGACAACAGUUGUGUAAGCUAGUACAAGCAAGUAAAAAAAAACAAAAACACAAAAACAAAAAAACCACACAGUGUAACAACUUAUGUUCUGUGGUUGUAUAAAACAAAUGCAACUUCAAACCUCUCACAGGAAGUGCCCAAAAGCAAAAGCAGAUAUAGCUAACCUGUGGAUGUUAUGGGGGAAAGAGUCCUGCAGCAGCACAAGUACCAUUAGUCCAAAGUUUGGCCACUGGAGUAAACUGGAACAGCUACCACUGCAUGUAGAGGUCACUGGGAGUUGCAUCUGUUUAAUUUAAUUUAAGCCCAACUCUGGCCCAGAAGCACUUGGAGCGUCUGCCAUGGCAGAGGGAUAAAGUGGAAAAAGGGCUGUUUUAUAUCCCAACUUCUGUUCUCAAUUGCUUUUUAUUUGUUCAGUCUGUUGUAGAAUUUGCCAAGUGGGUCCUUGGCUUAAACACACCUAUUUUCCAGGCAUAGCUUUUCCUCCAAGUGAGGCAUUUGCACACCCAUGGAACCAGGGCCAGUUAUACCCAUUCACUGACUGAUGUACACUACUAUUAGAAGGGCUUAGAUCACAUAGUCUUGUUCUGGUUUGAUGCAGAACAUAAAAUUUGCCCUGCUCUUAGUUAUUACUUCUCCAGACCCCAGUGCUUCUAGACUCUCAAGCUACGGCAGCAUGAAAGUAGUCUUCUGCCUUUAUUGCCAACUCCUGUUUAUACUGAUUUAACUGAGAGCAUCAUUUGAUUUUUUUUUUUUUUUUAAACCGAGAAGCGAAAGACCUUCAGGGGCCUUUUGUACACCAACAUAUGUAUAAAUACACAUUUUAACAUCCUAUAGGUGUUAUUACACAAACAGAAACCAAAAGAGAAAAUACCAAAAAAGUAUGUCUUUAGAACCGAUACAUAAAGUGUUACUUACUUUCUGUUUUUUCUUUUUAAAAUAGAACUUUGCCCUUAAGUUUUUACUGCAGCAAUAUUUUUAGUUCUUAAACAGCAAGUUCACUCCAUUUAAUUAUACAUUCAAUAUCCUGAAACCUGUUUGAAUGUAAAAGUCAUGGCAAUACCACUUCAUUAAAACAAGUAAAACCACUAUGUAUGUAGCAGGGAUAAAUGUUUUGCAGCUGUACUUUCAUUUGUCCAACAACUUAUCCAUCAUUUGUUGUAUUUUUUUUUUUUAUUUUUGAGUUUGUAUUUUUUGGCUUUCAUGUUCAAAAUAUGUUUAUAGCUUUAUAAAUAAAAUAAUCUGCCAGGAUGGCCAUUCAGGAUGAGCCACUGGAGAUUAUAAUCCUA